AUGAACAUGGAGCGCUCUGAAAACGAAAAUGUGCAGGGCGACACCGAUCAGGAGCAGCAGGUAAACCGCAUGUCUGAAGACGACGCCAGUCCAUCCGCCCAAGCCAUCCUGGGAGAUCUCUUGGCCCAGAACACAUACCUGCACCAAGAAUUUCUCACCGAGUUCAAUGAGCGCGUUUCGUCUAAGAAAGGACUUGGUCAAGAUCAAGAGGAAGAGGAAGAGGAAUCCACUUGGGAAACCGACGACGAGGAUGUUAUCCCAUCUCGCCCACCAUGGGAUCUGUUCUCAUCAACCCGGAGAGAGAAGCAAAGACAGUCCUUGGGAAAGUUUCCACCACGACCACCACGGGAAGUAUUCUUACGAAGGCGGGAAACUUUCAAAAAAUUACUGUCCUUGCGAAAUCCCAGUUCCUACAAUUUUCUGAAGAUCCGUGUCCUGUGGUCCAUCCUGCGAAAAGAGUUAGGCAGGAUACCGCAUCUUUUGCAGCCACAGGAUGUUCAAGUUUUCUUAUCGCUGGAAACGAAAUGGAUGCCUCUUCUUACAAACGAGACACUGUCGAAAUUGCAUAGUCUUAGCAAUAAUGAAAGUUUUAAUCAAGCGCGAGAAGAAUUGGCACAAGUCCAUGCUCGGAUCUCUCGUCCUCCCCUUCAUCAAGAGGCUCAAGAACCUGAGACCUCUCAUCCUUCCCCUCCUCAAGGGCCUGAAUCCUCUCGAAAACGUCAGCAAAAAACGAACAACUCAAGAGCACCUCGCACGAAUUUACCGACCCGACUUACCCAAACUCUAUCCGCAGCGCCAAAUAUGCCAGUGCAAACGGAGACAGGGACACAGUCAUACCAGGUUUCAGCCCCAGUGGUCGUUCCUAAUCUCAAACAGACCAUGACGGGUUUAAUUCAACAUAUUUUACGACAGUCUCAAGCUGAAUUGAGCGGAAUGCCAUAUGCAAAUAUCAUUGAGGCUUCAGGUGGUGUUGAAGGGGUCACGGAGGUGCUUUUGGAGUGCAUUUGUGACGAAAUUAAGAUGUUAGAAGGAAAGGCAAUCACGGCUGAAAGAUUAGCUGAAAUCCAGCGGCAACAACUUCCACAUCUGGCAGAACAUGUCCAAGCCUCUGGUGGCUACUUGGAUUUCAUCACGGAAGAACGAAACAAAGACUACCUAAGGCCGUAUGUAGGUCAGUCAACAAACUGGCCUCGACGCCUUGUGGACCACAUGAAUGCCGUGAAGCAAGGAAAGCACCACACACUGCAUUAUUAUGUGGUGUGGAAAGGCCAAGGUCACCGAAGUGCAAACUUCUUACUGCUUUGGAAGCUGAAAAGCUAUUUGGGAAUGAACGAAGGUGUUGUUACAGUUUACAAUAACAUCCCCAGAGAUGUUUAUGUGCCGGAUCUUUCAAUCCCUUCCAUUCAAUACCUUGAGACGUUAUUCUGGGAUAAACCAAGAGGAGCAUCCGACACUUGGUCUCAAUAUUGUGCCUCCACUGCUCCAGUCAAUGAAGCUAUCUUCAUCAACCAAGAUGUUCAAGAAUGGCCGUCGGUUCGUGAGAGUAUGAGAGAACCAACUCAGUAUGCUCUCACAAACAGGCCAAGCUUGUCUGUUGAGACGUGUCACUCAGCAUUGAGGGACGCAAUAGCCCAGGACGGAACGCCAGAGAACAAUAUAGUCAUAGAUUUGACUACUGGUGUUCCGCACCAGGCUUCUGGUCCUGAUUUCUGGGGACUCUUCACGUCUCAUGUACGUGACAAGCUUGGCGACGUACCAAAUCUCGUCCUACCAGUUGGCUGCCCUGAAACGGCCCGUGUUGGAAUUAUGUUAGAUGAAAUCUGGAUAAAACCGGAUAAUUCUACCGACCAAAGUAGACACAUACAUCCUCCAUGGGGGAUCAGAGAGUCGGGGUUUAACGACACAAACUGUCUCAUUUGGGCAUUCGAUUUCAAGGAGCCCUCGAUUCAAUCGACAGGACUUUCGAUCCGCUCUCAAACACUUCAAGAUCUAGAGGAGGUCAGAAGUGUUAACUCCUUUCUUAUUUCCAACAGCUCAUUAAGGGUUAUUCUCUUGUGUGGUGAGAAUGCGCACCGAGUCAUUCAAGGACAACACCUCACAGAAAUCAAGUUAGAGCUGCAGGGUGGCAUAUUCAAUGCGUAUAUUGAGAUCGAAACGAACUCAAUCAAACGCAUUUAUAUUUAUUGCCCAGCACCAUUAAGCAGUCUAGCGACAAAUAAUUUUUCUGAAUCUUCAAUGAUUACGGACCUCUUUCGAUUUGCUGCUCUCGUAACCCAAACAUCUGGAAUCUCGGCAUAUUUCAGCCAAAAUUGCGGGAUGGUAAAUCUCCUACUUGAGUUAUACGAAAAGGAGAGAAAUGGGGCUGUUAGAAUGACCGGAGACAACAUAGAUCCAAAAGUCAGGCAUUGGCUGUAUCGGAAAGGUUUUACUGAGCCGCAGCAUAUCAACGAGCUUGAAAAAAUAGGGGACUCGCUGAUUCACUCCUGUAUCAUCCUGUUACAUGCCCUUCCAAGAUGUCCGGCACAGUACCGAGGGACUGUCGGAGAGCACGGCAUCAAGAAGAGCCAAAGACCAAGAAUGAAAAGGCCAGAUGAGAUGAACGCAGUGACCCGGCUAUUGCAGGCGAUCAAAGGCCCAACCGGUAUGGAUACCCAAGCACAUACAGAUCCAGAUUACGUGCCAGAUGUAGCAGAGAUUAUCGAGGAGGUACUUGUGACGGGGCAAGAUGUCAUAGACAAUUCCGACAUGCCCCUGGGACGAGAAACCGCAAACCUCCUUACUCGGGAGAACCUUACUCCCGGGGAGGAAUCUCCACUAUACGGAUCAGUACAGUCCGCACGUGAAAUUCAGGGUCGCAGAAUGGUCUUGGAAGGCACGUUUUGUAAAGGUUCAAGAAAGCAAGUCCAUCUAUCUCGCAAUAUCGACCUAUUCCUAGGAAAUGGCCCUGGGUGGGACCAUGACAUAUUGGUUCAGGCAGAAGUAGCUGCGGAAGGCACGAGGCAUCCACAUUUCUGGGCUAAGAAAGCAAUGGCUGAUGAUCCUGCUGGACGCCUUGCGUUUAAAGUAACUUUCCAGCCAAAAAAGGAAUCAAAUGAACCAAUGGUCAUAUAUUCAUCCACUGAUGGGGAGUAUGCUCUCUAUAAAGCAAAUAGUUUUGUGGACUGGUUCGACGGGGCAACAAGAGAAGAAAUUGCAGAAACCCCCAAAAGCAUGGAUCGCCUGCAUUUUAUAUUGGCCGUCUUGUGCGCCGUGCUCUUGCUGGCCGGCCCAGCGACUGCCGUGCCCGCUGGCACUGAUAUCACCACCCCAGCGCCUUCAGAACCGUUGCCAGAGCAAUUCCAGUUUGUCCACCAGUCACGCACUUCUCGACGGCCUUGGACCAGACUGCGAGAUUCAGUCAUUGAGAGCAUCUGGGGCAUUUCGAAAGAGAAGCAGACAUGCAACAAGCCCGGAUCGCGGCUUCCACAGCCCAAGGCCUGGAGCCGAUACAGCAGUGAUGUCGUUCUUCGCUUCAAGCUUGAACAAUCCGACCAAGUCGAAGCCCUGUCCGACGCAGUCGAUAUUCUCUUCCUAGAUGUUUGGGAUUCCACUGACGAGUUUGUGGACAUCCGCCUAGCAAAAGAGGUCAUACCAUCAUUACUGGGCUUACUGCCAAAGUCACUUCAAAAAGCGCAUACAAUGCUCAUCGACGAUCUUCCGGCUUUGAUUUAUGCCUCUUACCCAUCCCGCAACCAGAUCCAACAACUCAACCGCGGCCCUCUUUUCCGAUCGUCAAGCACUCCGGAUCUAUUUUUUAACGACUACCAGCCUUUUUCAGUUAUACUGCCUUGGAUGCGCCUUAUGGCGUCCAUGUUUCCGUCUCACGUGGAGGUCAUUAACGUAGGUGUGACUUUCGAGGGACGCGAUAUCCCUGCCUUUCGACUCGGCGUUCGCCCAUUGGAUUCGGAGGGUGGACAACCGCGGAAAACAGUGUUUAUUGUUGGGGGAUCACAUGCUCGCGAAUGGAUCAGCACAUCUACUGUGACCUAUAUCGCUUUCAGGCUUAUGACGGAAUAUGGAAAAUCGGCUCCAAUCACUGCGAUAUUGGAAGAGUUCGAUUGGGUUCUGGUCCCGACCAUCAACCCUGAUGGGUACAUCUAUACCUGGGAAAUGGAUCGCUUAUGGCGCAAAAAUAGACAGCAGACCGGGCUACACUUUUGUCCAGGAAUCGACCUCGACCGGUCCUGGGGUUAUGAGUGGGAUGGCGAGGGAACCCGGGCAAAUCCUUGUUCAGAAAGCUACGCAGGCAAAGAAGCUUUCGAGAGCGUUGAGACCAAAUCGGUCGCUGAGUGGGCAUACAACCAAACACAGAGCGGAAAUAUCGACUUUGUCGGCUUCCUCGAUCUCCACUCUUACUCGCAGCAGAUCCUAUAUCCGUACUCGUACUCUUGCUCAACAGUCCCGCCGACUCUGGAAAAUCUAGAAGAGCUUGCAUUUGGCCUUGCCAAGGCGAUUCGAAUGACGAAUAGAGAAUUUUACAAAGUUCGAUCGGCUUGUGAAGGAGUUGCCGUCUCGGACAAACCACACAAGCAUCGUAUCGCCGAUGUGGAAAGUACAGGGGGCAGCGCAUUGGAUUGGUUUUACCAUCAACUUCAUGCAAAAUACGCAUACCAGAUCAAGUUGCGCGACAAUGGCAUGUACGGAUUUCUCCUUCCUCCGGAGAACAUCGUGCCCACCGGCAAAGAAAUUUACAACUCGGUGCUCGUCUUUGGCCAUUUCUUGUUUGGAGACAACGCGGCGGAUUUUGACUGGCCGCUGGAUAUCGAUGAUACGGAGGACUUGGCAGCUGAGCCAGCAACAGAUGCGUUGGAUUCUGCUCUGUUCCCGACUGAAGAAGAUACAUCGGAUGGUGCCGAGGAUAUUAACGACUAUUUCACCGCAGUGGAAGACAAUCCAUACGAAGACGAAGGCGCAGGCCUAUGGUAG